AACCCUAAACAAAGGCUUACAACAUUCUGUGCCGUCGAAGAAAGCGGACGUGUAAGGUGAAAAGUGCGAAUUUUGGCUCUCUUGCCCAAAAAGGCCUCAAUCAGGGAGGAAAUAAGUGAAUUGCAAAAGCAAGUGCAAGUGCGCGUCGACAGCCAAGAAAAGUGAAUUCAACCAAGAGAGAAGUUACAGGUUGAAACAGAAAUCAGUUCAAAUUGAAACGUGUUCCAAGGAAGAGACAAGUGUUUCAGCAGAGCAAACUGUGGAAAAUAGUAUGUUGAAUUGAGGAAAAAAUUCAAACAGAGCAGAGCUGAAAGUGCAAACGAAAAACGUUCAAGUUGAUACAAGUGGAAAAAAAACGUUGAUUUUUGGCGGAAGCAGUACCCGUAAAGCAGGAAUAUAAAUCUACCGCAAGUCAGUGUACUAGAUGGAGGAUACUGGAAUACUACUGUCUCCUCCGGCAACGCCACCACUGGAAAUUGGCAGCAAAGAUCCCAAGACCACUACGGAAAUCAAGCAAGCUCUAAAGCGCAAAUUGGAACAGAAUCAAGCGUCACCACGUGUUGCAGACAUGUUGACUAAGGGUUUUACCACACCCAACCACUCUGAUCUAUCGGAGGAUGAAUCUGAUCUCCCACCGAGGAAGCGUCUGUAUGUGCGCGACCCGGUUCAACUGGAGCAGCACUAUCAUCACACAUCGCUGACUCCACCGCCGUCGGACUUUUCUGGAUCCGAGGACGAAAACACCAAAUCCGCCGAUGAUGCUCUGCAUUCAGCUCAACCACAACGCGAGAGCGUCAUCAUGCGAAUUAACAAGGAUGGUUCUUGCACUUCGGCGAAGGAACCAGACACAAAUCUGAACGUAUUUCGCAGCGUCAAGUACAAAAUGGGCCGUCGUUCGCCGUUCCAACCCAUGGAGUCACAAGCCGUCGAACAACAACCUAUCAGUAGCCAGAUCCAGGAUCGUAUCACGUCGCGAGAACCUUCGGAGGAAUUCAGCGUUGCGCCUGUCGCUCCUGUUACCCACCCUAGUCGAGUAUUAGAGCACAGCCAACAGUAUGUACCUGUCGUUCCUUCCGUAGUACCUGUUGUAGCACCGACAAUGCAGGCUCCUGCUCCCAUGCUGAAACCUGCACCUCCAGUUAAGCCAGCAACCUCGCUUCCUGUGAUAGCUCCUAAAAUUCCACAACUCAUCCUCGCCACCCCGAAUGGCUUCGUUCUGGUUCCUCCGCAAAUCUCACAGAACCUACUCGGUCAAACCAACGGCAAAGCACUUCUGGUCCCUCAGCCGUCCAGUGCUGCUUCCGUUCCUGCCCCAGCCGCUCCCCAGAAACCAGAACGCAGACGAAUCUACGAAUGCGAACACCCGAACUGUGGCAAAAACUACUUCAAAUCCAGUCACCUGAAGGCUCAUCAACGCAUUCACACCGGCGAACGGCCCUUCAUUUGCAAGUGGCCAGACUGUGGCCGUCGAUUCUCCCGCUCCGACGAGCUGUCCCGCCACAAGCGAACCCAUACAGGAGAGAAGAAGUUUGUCUGUCCCGUCUGUCAGCGCCGAUUCAUGCGCUCUGAUCAUCUGUCCAAACACGUCAAGCGUCACAACAAGGACAAAGGUCAGAAGGGUCAACAGCAGCAGCAGCAACCGCAACAGCCACAACAACAACCGAUCUACCCGAUAUCGGUGUACCCGGACGCAGCCGUCCCGGUGCAGUUCGUCACGGCGGGCCCAGUUUUCUAAGUCUCUGUGUUUAAAGUGUGUUUUACAAGUCUUGUAAAUACUUUAUCGGAACUGACUAGAUCUUAGCUUGCGUGCGCUUGUUAGCGCUCGCGCUUCUAUUGUUUGUGUGCUGUCCCUAUCUUUCUUCGUGGAACCUUUCCUCUAUGAGCAAGGAAGGAGAAAGAGAGAUAACGUUCAUUCCAGGUUGCAAAUCUAUCAAUAUCUGUACUACUGUUACUCGAACUGGGAGCGGGGUUUAGAUGAAGGCAUCAGAGACAGAGUUGCUAGUUUCGUUUUCAGGGACUUUGACAGCGUUUUUUUGUUAUCGUUUUUGUCAAUGUUUUGAGUUUCCUUUAUCCUAUGUUUAUAAUAUAAUAUAAAACAUCUGUGAUCGUUUAAAAUUACUUUAAAGCUAAGAGAGGAUGUAAUGGUCGUUUUACUAAUCUUAACGAGUUUUAGUAACUUAUUUAAAACUAUAGAAUGAAAGAGUGUGAGUUAAGAUGUUCACCUAUUUGUUCAAAAAAUCUAGAACUGUUAUAAAAAUAUGUUUUAUUCGUAUGAGAAAAAA